GAUCUGGUCUCAUCCCCGGAGACAGCAGCGCAGCGGCGGAGGACGGGACCUGUGAAUGAGCCUGCUCGGUGGAUCUGACCAGCGCAUGGUUCACGUCUCUCGACGCGGGGGAAGAAUCGCUGCCAGUGGCGGUCACUGCGCUGAGAGGAAACCACCGCCAGCUCCCAGCAGCAGAGCUGUGUGACCCGGGCAUCAGGAAGAAGUUUUGCUGCCAGGCUGAAUGGCGGAGCCGGAGCUUCUGUUGGACUCCAACAUCCGACUGUGGGUGGUGUUGCCCAUUGUCUUCAUCACCUUCCUGGUCGGGGUGAUUCGGCACUACGUGUCCAUCCUCCUCCAGAGCGACAAGAAGCUGACAUUAGAGCAGGUUUCUGACAGUCAGGUUCUUAUACGGAGCAGAAUCCUCAGAGAAAAUGGAAAAUACAUUCCCAAACAGUCCUUUUUGAUGAGGAAGUUCUACUUCAACAAUCAAGAAGAUGGAUUUUUCAAGAAGACCAAGAGAAAGGUUGUUCCACCCUCUCCAAUGACAGACCCCAGCAUGCUGACCGACAUGAUGAAGGGCAAUGUCACCAAUGUGCUUCCCAUGAUCCUCAUUGGAGGCUGGAUCAACUGGACCUUUUCAGGAUUUGUAACAACUAAGGUCCCCUUCCCUCUCACCCUGCGCUUCAAGCCCAUGCUGCAGCAAGGAAUAGAGCUGCUCUCACUGGAUGCAUCCUGGGUGAGCUCAGCAUCGUGGUAUUUCCUGAACGUGUUUGGACUACGAAGCAUGUACUCGUUAAUUCUAGGCCAAGAUAAUGGUGCAGAUCAGUCGAGGAUCAUGCAGGAGCAGAUGAGUGGUGCAGCCAUGGCCAUGCCUGCAGAUACAAAUAAAGCCUUUAAGGCUGAAUGGGAGGCUCUGGAACUGACUGACCAUACGUGGGCGCUGGAGAGUGUUGAGGAGGAUCUGAUGAGCAGGGAGCUGGACUUUGAUGGCAUCUUUAGCAAGGAGCUGCCAAGCGGGAUCUUCUGACGGCCUGGUCACCUCUACUCUGAGCCUUCAAUUUCAAUUUUGAUCAUUGCAGGAAUUUGCUGUUUGGCUAAAGAGGGAGAAAGGGGACAAGUCCCUUCAUGUUAUGCAAAGUUUACAUUCACUUAUGUGUGGUCCUUGUCUUUUCACAUGUUACCUUUUCAUUACUGUCCAUGAAAUAUUUGAAAUGACUUAAAAUACACUGGUUCUGCUGCUGUCUCAGGCAUAUUGAAAGCAUUGCUUAGUUUUUCUCAUCGAGGAGAAAUAUUUGGGAGAAACUAAGUUGCUUUCGCUAAUUAAAAUGCAUUACUUUUAGCCUCCAACUGUAUUCCAUCAUAGUGCCAUUAGCUAAUAGACUGUGAACUACCCAGUGCUUCAUUUUUUUCUUAUAUCAUGCGAAGCCAGAUAAGCUGUCUCCGUAUUCAUAUGUUUGAUCAUGUUUUAAAACAGUAGGAUACAAUGACAUUUAAAGGUCUGUGUGAUGUUUAGUUAUAAACAAUCUUGAAAAACUACUUUUGUUAGAUCCUAGAUAGAGCUGUUCUGUGUCAGCCGCCCUAACAAUUGAAGGAGACACAGAGUUGAUUAGGUUUUGCCAGAGAAUAUGCUUGUGUGAUUGGAAUAUUGUUUUUGAAACUAUGUAGAUUUAUUGUGGUUUAUUUUGUAAAGUAAACCUCACUGUGUUUGUAAAGUAAA